AUGGAGGCGCAAAAUCCCUCAAAGAGCAGCGCAGCCGAAAGCCCCACAGAGUCCAGAGAGUCUCACUCACAGCUUCGCUCACUCCAAGGCAUGGCUGUCAUGCCCGCUGAAACUCAGCGCUCCGGCAGCACAAAGAGCUUCGCUGCCUCUGCGUCUCUGGCUCCCUCCAGCAAAAACACAAGGCCUCCAUUGAAUAACUGCAUGCAAUGGGGAGUCGGCCACGCGCUGGUGCCCUGCGGUGCGCAUCCAAGCAGUAAUUCGCUCGAAGCGAGAGACGGCUCCCCCAUGUGGUGUACGUACACCUCCGGCCGCGAUGCGCAGUUCCCCGCCAACGGCCUCGACUCCAGCGUUGCGCGAGAAGAAUUGGACUCCGUCGACUUUCCCGAGAAAGCGGCCGUGGAAGCAGGAGAUGGCAGCUCCAUACAGCCCCGUGUGGUGCCGCCUGAAAAAGUGCCUCCAGAAGGCUCAGUGCAUGCGGCGUUUUUCGCCGAGUUAGACGAGAGGGGGGAAAUCAAGAAUGCGCCUCUCUCCGGCCGACGGUUGCAGCGGCUAGCGACAGCAGCAGCUGCGCAAGGCAUUCGAGACCCCCGUGUGUGGGCGUCUCUCUCAGCUCAAGCCAUAGAACUCAACUGCGCGUCGCUAGACGGCAGCCUCACGCAGCAGGGGGGAAACAGCACACAGGCGUCUUCCUCUGCCGCUCUCGCGCCAGCGGCACAGAUGUUUCGUCACUUCGAGGCACUGCAAUUCUUAAAUUCCUUUCUCGCCGCCGGAUUUAAGGACACAGACUUGCUGCGGUCUUUCGAACAAAUAUUCCUGCGGCAGCUUCACGCGUUCGACUGCCGCCAUCUGCUGUUGUUGUUACACAUAUGCGAGCAACACGCAUACCGCGCGCGAAGCCUCUACCUGCCGCUGUUGCGAACCUUGGGUGCACUAGCACCUUCUCUUCUUUUCCAGGAGAUAGCAGAUGUUUUCUGCUGCUUCGCAACGUACCAGGUCGGCAGCUCGCGCUGCUGUCUGAGCCUCCUCAAGGCUGCAGCUGCGCAAGUGCCGAAUGCGUCUCUCACGGACUGCAGCCGCCUCUGUGGAGCGUUGCAUGCGCUGCGGUUAGCUCCCGAGCAUGAAAAAGUGGACAAGGCAGCUUCUGCAGUCGCAGACGCUGCUGGAAAGCCGCCUCAGGAAACAUGUGAUAGCGCUCAGGGAGCAAUGGAAGAAGCCGCUUGGACUGUGCUGGCGCUGAUCGAGCGGCGGGUUGCAUUCCUCAUAGUCGGCUUGCCUCUACAGCUGCUGCUGGAUGAAGUCCAGACGAUGCCAAGACUCGAGUUCUCUUGGCGUCCAUAUGAGACGCUAGCCGACGUAGAGCUGCAGAAACGUUUGGCGUCCUUAGAGAGCGCAGAAGACGUUGACCAGCUCGCCGACCCUUUUGCGACUUUGCAAUUUCUUAGGAACCAGGGGACCGUCCAGCAACUGUACGGGGAGGAAAGAUCUCAUGUGUCCUCCGUGUGUUGCCGCGCGCGCAAUGCUGGGCAGUGCCUAUGUAGUAUUUGUAACUCGCCCGCCAUCGCCUCCACAUCCUAA